UUCAGUUCAUUUCCUUUUAUGAAUUUGGCUAUUAAAAUCGCUAAAAUGGCGAAAAAUACUUCUAAUUCGGCGUUCCGGAAAAUCGAUAUAGAUCAAUACAAUGAAGAUAACUUCAAGGAAGAUGAGGCUGAACAAUCUAUGCCCACUGGACCGGACGAGGGCGAAGUUUGUGUGUUACUCAACCAAGGUCGUUAUGUUGAAGCUCUUAAACAUGUGUUGAACAACGCACCUCUGGGAUCAUCUGAUCAACAAGUCAAGGAUAAUGCACUAUCACUUACAUUAAAAGUAUUAAUUGCAGUAAAAUCAGCUCAAAUUGAAGAAGUUGUGGCAAAUUUAUCACUCGAUGACAUAGACAUCUUAAUGAAAUAUAUUUACAGAGGAUUUGAAUAUACAUCAGAGGGCUCAAGUGGUCAUCUUUUACUUUGGCAUGAAAAAGCAUUCAACAUUGGAGGUGCUGGAUCUAUUGUCAGGGUUUUGUCAGACAGGAUGAAAGUGUAAUUUUGUGUAUUUUCCAAAAAAAUUAUUUAUAAUUAAUUGUUUUGUAAUUAUUACUUAAUAAACUUUAUAAUAUUA